CGCAGGCGCCUGUAGUGAGCUCGCUUUCUCCUCCGGCACGGCACCCACUCACUACAAUUUAGGUCCGGGCAGCUCGCGGUCCGCUCUGUCUUCGGGACUCUCUUCCACCGGCGCUCUGCCUGGCUGCCCCGCGCCUGUGCACUUCGCGCCCUCGGACCAUGCCCGCGGGCGUGCCCAUGACCUCUUACCUGAAAAUGUUCGCGGCUAGCCUCCUGGCCAUGUUAGCGGGGGCCGAAGCGGUGCACAGGUACUACCGGCCUGACCUGACCAUACCUGAUAUUCCACCAAAGCCUGGAGAACUCAAAACGGAGCUUUUGGGACUGAAAGAGAGACAGCACAUUGAACAUGAACCUCAAAUUUCUCAGCAAUAGAAAUUUCACAAUACAACUGUUUGAAGAAUUCUGA